AUGCUAAGCCACAGCCCAGGCAUGAUGAACAUUGGAACGAUGGACGUCUAUUUGAACAAGUUAGGGGCCAACCUCCAGACCGUGGUGUACCACGACGAAGAGCAGGGGAACGAAGCUUGGAGCACCUACUUGGAGAGGAAGAACGUCGUGCUGGAAUUCCUGCACACCGACCUGAGCCUGCACCUGCUCCGACGCCAUCACAAGAGGAUCGGGCUUUUGAAGAAGUGCUCGUUCUACCUUGAAAUCCUGCCCAAGCACUUGGCCCUGGGGGAUCAGAACCACCUGAUGCUUCCCACCACCAUGUUCCAACUGAUUGACCCCUGGAGGUUCCAGAGGAUGAAGAGAGUGGGCACCGUCCAAACCAAAAUCCAGCUGCUGCUCCUGUCUGACCUGCUAGAAGGAUUAGAGAGAGGUCGGGAGGAGCUGGUCCACCUUUUGGAGACCUACGACAUGAUGACCUUCCUCUCCCGGUGGGACAUGGUCAAGCAGAGGCUGUCCAAACUUUCUGAACAGAUGGAUUCUUUCCUUUCUAUGCUGGUGCCCGGAAGGUUGUACGUCAAGCACCGGCUGGUAUCAGAUGUUGGGAUCACCAAAAUCCCGCACAUUAGACUUGUCCUUAGCACCAAAAUGCCAGUGAUGUUCGAUCGAAGGGAGUCAGUGGCCCACGAGGACUGGGUGAGCCUCAAGUGGUUGGUCACGAGCCAGCAGUCCCUUCUCGAACAAUAUGAACUCCAGUUUAAGCUGCUGGAGCCCAGAACUCCCCAAGAGCGAGUCCACUGUGGAAUCAUGCCAGUCACCUCCAACACGUGUGAAAUCCACAACCUGUUGUCCGACCGUUUGUACAGGUUCACCAUCAAAAGAGCGGAAACGUACACCCUCGUCUACGAACAAUGGCAUGAUUCCAUACUGCUUAAGACUAAGCCAUACCUUGACGAAGAAAUGGGGGGUAUCACCUCACCACCCUGA